CGGAGUUUUGAAGCAGAUCCGAUGACGUCAGUGGGCAUAGCGCAAAGCUGGGAGCGAUGAUGGGCAGCACAGGGGCGAGCUGACACAGGUAUAGGUAUCCAGACAAAGCUCAGCAAAAAUGGGGGGGAAAAAUAAGAAAAAUCGACACAGCAACUCUGCAGCGGUUUCAGGAGCGACUGCUGCGGCGAACAGGACAAGGGCACCCACAGAACUCAGACCCGGGGGAGAGGAAGUAUCCAAGAAACAGACCCCCAGAACUGCUAAUGUGGCCCCUGCCAACAAGGAGCCAAGGAACAAACAAGGUCCAAAAACGUACAGUUUUGCAUCUUCCAGUGAUUCAGGUGUUUCUGGAAAUCAUCACAAAUCAGUUUUAAAGGUAGUAAUUGAAGCCAAGCUGGAAAAAAGGAUAAUUUCCCUUAUUAAUGAGCAUAAAAAGCUUAAUAGCAACAAAGGAACAGUGUCUGGAAGACUGACUUCUAAGAAGUUACAGGAUCUUUAUAUGGCCUUGCAGAAACUUAGCUUUCAGGCAGAGCACAUUGAGGAAGCAAUGACAAACACUGUCUUGUAUGGAGGAGACUUACACUCUGCAUUGGACUGGCUGUGCCUAAACCUUCCAGAUGAUGCCUUGCCUGAGGGUUUCAGUCAACAGUUUGUGGAAGAAGAACAGAGAGCCCGAGCAAAGUUCCAGCCACCUCCUCAGAGGCCCAGUGCUGCCAAUGUUUUGGGAACCGAAAAGGCUAAAGAGGGAGCUGCAUUUAAGGGCAAUAAAGAGCUGAGCAUGAAGGAAUGGAUUUUACAAUAUGCUGAGCAAGGGAGUGAUGACGAUGAGGAAGAGGAGAAAGAGACAGCACUUGAGAAACACCCAACAAGUGAGAAAUUUGAUCCUAAUGAGAGAUAUCUGGAGUUGACUGCUAAACUCCUGGAUGCCAGAGCGCAAGCAGCUGCCACCAAGCAGGAUAAAGACAAACAAGGCCAGAAAGAAGCUCAGGAAAGAAUAAGGGGAUAUCAGCAAGAAAUGAAAAGUCUAGAAGAUCACCCGCUCUUUAAUCCUGCUGUGAAAAUCCCAGAGGUGAAAAGUGAAAGCAAACAGCCGCGGCCAGCCUUGCCUCCUUCAGAUGAGGAAUCUCUAAAUUUCAACUUAUUUGAGAAAAUUGAAAAUGCCCCAGAGGACAAAGCUAAAAAAAAGCCGCCUCUUGAUAUCCGAAACUUUGACUACACCUCUCGAAGCUGGACAGGUAAAUCGCCAAAACAGUUCCUGAUCGAUUGGUGCCGGAAGCAUUAUCAGAAAAGUCCCAAUCCAUCCUUUGAGAAAGUGCCCGUGGGCAAAUACUGGAAGAGCAGGGUUAAGAUUAUAAAAUCACAUGAUGAUGUUAUGUGUGUGUGCCCAACAAUUGUGACAGAGGACAGUAUGCAGGCGCAACACCUCGCAGCCACUUUAGCUCUCUAUGAGCUCACCAAAGGCCAGUCGGUGCACCAGUUGCUGCCUCCCACCUACAGGGAUGUAUGGCUUGAGUGGAGCGAUGCUGAGAAACAGGUGCAGGAGCAAAACAAAAUGGAGUCUAACAAACCUCGGGAUCAGUUCAUCACAAAGCUGCUAAACAAGCUGAAGCUGCAACAAAACCAGCUCAAGUCUUCUGGCCAAAACCCUGUGACGGAGGACCCCGAGGACUCCUGGGAAAACUUGGCGUGUGACGAAGAACAAAUUGAGACCUGUCCCAGUACAGCACAGACUGAUGACUUGGAGCCCAUAAGGAACCUUUUGCUGAAAUCCCGGGACUCAAUAAAGUACAAGAGGCUACUAAAUGACAGGGAACAGCUGCCGGUGUUCGCACACAGAAAAUUUAUCCUGGAGACCCUUAAAAGACACAGAGUUAUUGUGGUGGCUGGAGAAACAGGCAGUGGGAAAAGUACCCAAGUCCCUCAAUUUCUGCUCGAGGACUUGCUCCUCAACAGGGGGAGCCCAGGAAAGUGUAACAUUGUGUGCACUCAGCCUCGGAGGAUCUCCGCCAUGAGCCUGGCCACCAGAGUCUGUGAGGAGCUGGGAUGCGAUUCCGGCCCUGGAGGGAGGAAUUCCCUGUGUGGGUACCAGAUUAGGAUGGAGUCCCGGACAGGGGAAGCCACCAGGCUGCUGUACUGUACAACAGGAAUCCUGCUGCGCAAGUUACAAGAGGACAGCAUGCUGAAGAAUAUCAGCCACAUCAUUGUGGAUGAGGUACAUGAAAGAACGGUCCAAUCGGAUUUCCUGCUUAUCAUAUUACGUGAGAUUCUGCACAAGAGAUCGGACCUGCACCUGGUGCUGAUGAGUGCCACAGUGGAUUGUGAGAAGUUCUCUAGCUACUUUACCCACUGCCCAAUCAUAAGGAUAUCUGGAAGGACAUUCCCAGUAGAGGUUUUUCACCUAGAGGAUGUUGUGGAAGCAACGGGUUUUGUUCUUGAGCAAGACUCUGAGUAUUGCCAGAAAUUCUUAGAGGAUGAGGAAGAAAUAACUCUCAGUGUUACUGGCAAAGGAGGAAGCAGCACGAAGUACCAGGAGUUUAUUCCUGCUCUGUCAGACACUGGGCUGGAUUUGGGUCAGCGCUACCAGCGGUAUAGCAGCCAGACACGCCACGCAGUUCUCUAUAUGAAUCCAAACAAAAUCAACCUGGAUCUCAUCUUGGAGCUACUGGUUUUCUUGGACAUAAGCCCACAGUACAGGAACGUGGAAGGAGCUGUGCUGAUCUUCUUACCUGGCCUGGCCGAUAUACAGCAGCUGUAUGACAUACUGUCUUCUGACAAGAGGUUCCAUGACAGGAGAAGGUACAAAUUAAUAGCCCUCCAUUCAAUACUUUCCAGCCAAGACCAGGCUGAAGCAUUCAUACUGCCACCUGCUGGCACAAGAAAGAUUGUACUGGCUACAAAUAUUGCAGAAACAGGCAUUACCAUCCCAGAUGUGGUGUUUGUUGUUGAUGCCGGAAGAACUAAGGAAAACAGGUAUCAUGAAAGCAGCCAGAUGAGCUCCUUGGUAGAGACGUUUAUAAGCAAGGCCAGUGCCCUGCAGCGCCAGGGGAGAGCGGGGAGAGUCAGGGACGGCUUCUGCUUCCGACUGUACACGAGGGAGAGGUUUGAGGGCUUUAUGGAAUAUUCUGUUCCAGAAAUCCUGCGAGUGCCAUUAGAGGAACUCUGUCUGCAUAUAAUGAAGUGUGAUCUUGGCUCCCCUGAGGAUUUCCUUUCGAAAGCAUUAGACCCCCCUCAGCUUCAAGUUAUUAGUAAUGCUAUGAACCUGCUGCGGAAGAUCGGCGCGUGUGAACUGAUCCAGCCCAGACUCACCCCCCUGGGCCAACACCUAGCUGCCCUGCCAGUCAAUGUGAAGAUUGGCAAGAUGCUCAUCUUCGGUGCUAUUUUUGGCUGCCUGGAUGCAGUAGCUACUCUGGCUGCCACCAUGACAGAGAAAUCUCCAUUUGUAACACCUAUUGGGGAAAAAGAUAGGGCAGACCUGGCCAAGUCAUCAAUGGCAGUAGCCAACUCUGAUCAUCUGACUAUAUUCCGUGCAUACCUGGGGUGGAAAGCGAUCAGAUCCGAUGGUUAUGCUGCAGAAAUGAGUUACUGUAGAAAGAAUUUUCUUAACAGAAAGGCACUUCUAACCAUAGAGGAUGUGAAACAAGAGUUAAUUCGGCUUGUGAGGGCAGCGGGAUUUGAGUGUCCCAGAUUUGUGGAGCCCAACGGCCUCUCCGACAACAUGAAAGCCCUUUCUGCGGAGGAGACUUCCCUUCUGAAAGCCAUUCUGACAGCCGGACUGUAUGACAAUGUAGGCAAGAUCCUCUUUACAAAUUCAGUUGACAUCACAGAGAAACUGGCAUGCAUGGUGGAAACCGCCCAAGGAAAAGCCCAGGUCCAUCCAUCCUCAGUGAACAGAGACCUGCAAACCUAUGGCUGGCUUCUUUACCAGGAGAAGAUUAAAUAUUCCAAGGUGUUUCUUCGAGAAUCCACGCUCAUUACUCCUUUCCCAGUGCUUCUCUUUGGUGGUGAUAUUGCAGUGCAGCACAGAGAGCGCCUAUUGACUGUGGAUGACUGGAUCCAUUUCCAGGCUCCAGUAAAGAUUGCAGUCAUAUUCAAAGAGCUGCGUGUCUUGAUUGAAUCGGUUCUGAAGAAGAAACUUGAAAACCCCAAAAUGUCGCUGCAAGAUGACACGAUUUUGAGUAUCAUCAAAGAGCUAAUAAAAACAGAACGAUAAACCUCACUGGGAUCCUCAGAACUGCUGCACAGUGGAACAAGGGAAAAGCGGCGGGGAUUUCAUUUUACAAAUUGUAAACAUUUCCUUUGUAUGUAUGGGCAGCUUUUUAGUGUUGCAUGAUGCAUUGAAGAGAUUUGAUUAUUUUUUUUCAUAAAAUAAUUUCAAUGAUAGUGUCAGAUUUGCAAUAAAAUCAGUGCCAAAACAGUUUUGCCUUA